UGUCAUCAUCGUGACUAUUAUUAGCCUGGACCGUCACCUCCAUACUCCCAUGUACUUUUUCCUGAGCAUGCUGUCCAUCUCUGAGACAUGCUACUCUGUGGCCAUCAUUCCCCGUAUGCUUUCUGGCCUCCUGAGUCCUCAUCAGCCCAUUUCUAUCCCAUGCUGUGCCACUCAGCUCUUCUUCUAUCUCACCUUUGGUAUCAACAACUGCUUCCUGCUCACAGCUAUGGGAUAUGAUCGCUAUGUGGCCAUCUGCAACCCCCUCCGGUAUUCUGUCAUCAUGGGUAAAGAAGCCUGUGUCCAGCUGGCAUCUGGGUCACUGGGAACUGGCCUGGGUGUGGCCAUUGUCCAGGUAACAUCUGUGUUUGGCCUCUCCUUCUGUGAUGUCUGUGUCAUCUCUCACUUCUUCUGUGACGUGAGACCGCUGCUGAAGCUGGCCUGCACAGACACCACUUUCAGUGAGAUCAUCAACUUUGUUGUCAGUGUUUGUGUCCUUGUUCUACCCAUGGGCCUGGUCUUCAUCUCCUAUGUCCUCAUCAUCUCCACCAUCCUUAAGAUCACUUCAGCCAAGGGUCGAAAGAAGGCCUUUGCCACCUGCGCCUCCCACCUCACAGUGGUCAUCAUCCACUAUGGCUGUGCCUCCAUCAUUUACCUGAAGCCUAAGUCCCAGAAUUCCCUGGGUUAG